AUGCGCUGCAGCAGCCGCCGGAUCCCCCUCUACUCUGCCUACACAUUUAAGAAAAAUGACAGAAAGAAGAGGAUGUACACGCCCUGGAUGUACGAACCACAGCUAUCCACAAUGUCUGACACCGGAGACAUGCAGGCCUUCCCGCGUGGCUACAUGCACAGGAACUUUGAGGACGCCCAGGCGGUGCUGGAUGACUACACCAAUGCCGUCUUCUAUGAGCGUGGCCACCUCAACCCUGACGAGCAACAGGCCGACCCAGACGACAAGGCCUCCACCUACACCCUGACCAACGUGGUGCCUCAGGUCAGAGAAUUCAGCACCGGUGUCUGGAAGGUUCAGGAGCACAUCGUCCGCAGGCGCCUUAACAACUACUGCCGCGGAACCGCCUACGUGGUCACCGGCAUCGUCACAUCCGGGAACAUGAUCCGGCGCCAUAACAUUGACCGCGUGGCGGUUCCCAAGUACCUGUGGUCGGCCUACUGCUGCACUGACUAUGACCACAAUGCACCCUUUGGCGAGCGCUACAAGUUCCCCGCCUUUGCCCACUAUGGCCUCAACGAGAAUGAGAACAACCAGGUCCUGGAGCUGUCCGUCAAGAAAUUGGAGGAGUUCCUUCAGAGGUCCACUUUUGUGGACAAGAAUUUCCAGAUCUUUAUGGACGACUGUGUCCAGCCUCCUUCGGCUUUGCAUUAAGUGGGCUACAUUCAGCAAGAAAACAAUAUGGAACAUUUCUGAUAUACAGUGCCUACAGAAAGUCUAC